UUUUCCCGGACCCGCCCCCCUCGGCUCCCGAAAGCUAAAGCGUGGCAGGGGCCGGGCCGCGAAAGCGGAGGAGGCGGGUCUCCAUAGAAACGUCCACCUGUUUCCGGCCAGUCUGUGCGAGAUUAGGGGCUGCUGCGGGGGCCAAUCUCAGCUAGCUCGCUUUUUCCCAGCGGCCUCUGCGGGAGUGGUGGGUGUUGUACACAAUCAUCAUGGCGGCGGCCGGAGCCCCGGAUGGCAUGGAGGAACCUGGCAUGGACACGGAGGCCGAGACUGUGGCGACCGAGGCCCCCGCGCGGCCCCUGAACUGCGUGGAGGCCGAAGCCGCGGCGGGGGCGGCGGCCGAGGACUCUUGCGCGGCGCGAGGUAGCCUGCAGCCGGCGCCGGCCCAGCCCCCUGGGGACCCUGCGGCCCAGGCCUCGGUCAGCAACGGCGAGGAUGCGGGCGGCGGCGCGGGCAGGGAGCUGGUGGACUUGAAGAUCAUCUGGAAUAAGACUAAACACGACGUGAAGUUCCCCCUCGAUAGCACAGGCUCCGAACUAAAACAGAAGAUUCAUUCGAUUACAGGUCUCCCUCCUGCCAUGCAGAAAGUCAUGUAUAAGGGACUCGUCCCUGAGGAUAAGACGUUGAGAGAAAUAAAAGUGACCAGCGGAGCCAAGAUCAUGGUGGUCGGCUCCACAAUAAAUGAUGUUUUAGCCGUAAACACACCCAAAGAUGCUGCCCAACAGGAUGCAAAGGCCGAAGAGAACAAGAAGGAACCACUCUGCAGGCAGAAACAACACAGGAAAGUGUUGGAUAAAGGAAAACCCGAAGAUGUGAUGCCAUCUGUUAAGGGUGCCCAGGAGCGCUUGCCAACGGUACCCUUAUCCGGCAUGUACAACAAAUCCGGAGGCAAAGUGAGACUCACUUUCAAGCUGGAACAAGAUCAGCUGUGGAUCGGCACUAAAGCAGGGAACGGAGUUUUAACUGAGCUUUCUUAACGGACGAAGAAACUCAAUAUUCAGAAGACGCAUGGUUUUAAGACCCUCACGUUUUCUUCAUCUCCUUAGAACUCAAUCCAUGACCUAUUCCUAAGUUUAUUUCUGCAACGCCCACCCACCCCCCAUCAGUUUAAAGGGGAUAUGUUUUUAUAUCUUUACCUUCCUCUCAUUUGUAAUAUUUUUGUCAUUAGAUCAGGAAAAUAAAUACAAGGAGGAGGAUUGGCUUGUGGGUUUUCAUUUUAACUUUUGUCCUGUGUAUAAAACAAAAUCUCCCACUAGCCUUGGCAUUUGUGAGGACACAGGCGGUCCGCUUCUGUGGCACUGGUGCUCUUCUCAGGCGCAGCCAUCAGGUGGCUGAGGACACCGUGGGGAGGACGGAGUCUGGGGUCAUCAUUCCACAUGGAGGUUUAUUCUAAAGAGAGCAGGCUGUUCUUUCCCGAGAUAGAAUGUUUGGAGGCAUUCCCCGAGUUUGUGCAGAACAAAGCCAAGAAUUCAGUGAUGCGGGGCACAGAGAACGUUCACUGCUCAGGCAAACCCCCAAGUUUUCCCAGCAUGGUUAGGAGAGGCCACUUUAGAAGUGAAGUUUAGUUGCCUAAACUCCAAAGUUACUCUGACAGGGGCCUGACCAGAGCCAGGAAUGGGGUGGGGGCAGGGCUGUCUGCCAUUCUCCAUCCGAGGAGGCGGGGUUUUUAGCGGGCAGCCAAUGGCGCACCCCGUUCCAGGGAUGAGGAGCAGCCGGUGGCUUGACCUGUGCAUCGGGGGUAAAAGGUCCCCUGCAGAGGGAGGUGUUGGAAGGUCCCAGGGAAAAGGGGGUCUGGUGUUACCGAAGUUCUCUCUGGGCAGAUGGCAGCUCCCCUCUCUUGCCCUGUUGGUGUCUGUCCACUCAGAGGCGCUGAAGCCAGGCCACGGUUAGGGUUGCAGUCCCGGGGCCGCAGGGCUCCUGGGUGUCCUGGGAGUGAUGAUGUCACUGGGGCUGCUUGCAGGCCCUCUGGCGGCCCUCCCACCCCUCGUCCUUAAGAAGGAUCGCAGACAGACUUGUUCUGCCUACUCGGUCAUUUUUCCCAUCUACGAAGUCGGCUUCUGGAUAUUUUCAGCCAGGCCCCUUCACUCCCUUUUGAAACGUUCAUCUGACCUGUGUUGCCCAUGACAUUCGCAGCCCCACUUUUCAAGCAGCCCGGUGAGUGGGAUUCCCAGCAAGUUGAGGGGACCAUUUCAGACAUCCUUAAAGAAAUCAGUUUGGAUGGUUGAUGUUUUAAUAUUCAGUUCAAAUGCUUGUUUCUCUCUUGGGUCAUUUGUGGCAGAAAGGAGUGCUGAUAGUCUCUUCUCUUUACUAAAGGACGUGAAGUGGCACCUUGAUCUCUGUGUAAAUGAAAGUAACUGCUCAUUUUGCAGAUGCCAUUUCAGUAGCUAGAUUAAUGGUAUCAUAGCUCACACCAGAGAGGGUUGGCUGUGCUUUUCAUUCUUAGGGAAAUGUUUAAAAAUGCAGAAGAGAACAGAGAAGAGUAGAACAAACCCAUAUAUCCAUCACCAAGAAACGAGUGUUGUAAAUAUUUCGUGAAUUGCUUUAAACCGUUUUUUUUUUUAAAUAAAACCUACCAACGGCAAAUAUGUCCCCAUUGUCUUCCCCUCCCCCAUUACUAUGAGCAUGAUUUCUCAUGUGGGUCCUUCCCAGCUCUCUGCUUUUGUUUUCGUAUAAAUCCAUGAACGAGA